AGAAGAUUUACUGCGAUGUGGUCGAAGGAACUAUGUGGCCGGACGUCGCCGGUAAAUCUCACACGUCCUGCGAUCAUUUCAAAGUGAAGCUACCGGCAGUGAAGAAAAAGAAGAAGGAAAAGGAGAACGAGUCGGAGUGCUGUAAGAUCUUCGCCCUGUUUCAUUAUCGCAAGCCUCGGGACCCGCUCCGUGGUUCCAGCGCAGCCUCGUCAGUGCCCCUGCUCGAUAUGGGCGCAAGAGCAUGGGACUACGAGGCCUUGCCGGAACUCCACACUUCGACGGCGGUUACGCCGACCUCGACGCCACCGAGCGUGUCCCAGCAAAAAGCACCUAGAGUAUAUUUUCAAGCAGAGAAUCUGGCGACCACUAGACGAAGGAGCAGUAAUAGACUGCUGACGCCGCAGCAGUCCUGCAGAAGACGGAGCCGGAGUAUGAGCGCCUGGAGCGAUUUGUCCAGGUCGUCCUUCAGGUUGGACGAAAGCGAUAUUACUAGCUGGAGCAUAAAGCGAACUAUAAUCCAAUCGCAUUGGAUUCUCCAGAUCAACGAACUGCGAUAUAGCAUAAGCAGCAGGAGUCAUAAAUGCAUCACUAAUCGUUUGAUCGCGAGUACUUAUGUGCUGAGCACAGACAUGUCGAUGUACUUCUUCCGGCUGCACAACCUGCGCCGUCAGGCGGAGGAGGUACGGAAGAAGCGACAAAAACGUGGCAGAGGCAGCCAGGGCGGACAACUUGGGACCAACCAAACGGACCAGUCUCAACCGACGGCUGGAUCCAUGCAAUGCUGCAAUCGGAUUCAUCGAGGCCCUAGCAGGCUCUUCGAGCGGGCCCCUUUACAACCUAGCGACUCGCUUGACGAAAUCGCCUUUCAAAUACCGAGGUAA